AUCAGAAUCAGAAUAUGUAAAUGUAACUUGGAAACGCGCAAUGACAUGACAUGUGUACCUAGGUACCUAGGUAGGUAUAUUAGCUAACAGAGUAACAGUAUUUCAAAUAAGUCAUCCCCGAUGUUACCUAUAACAUCAUACCCCUGGAUUCCAAAUUCCGGUCAAGUCUUGCGUAGUACAAUGUCAAAAAGAAUGCUUGACUUCACUAGGUUAACACCGAUGUCCGGUUUCUUUCGGCGCACCUUUUGAUUUACCAUCGGGCCUCGCCGCGCGGGAAUUGAAGCGGAAAAGGAGGGACAAAUCGACCAGUUAUGCCUUCGAUUAAUCACCCUAACUUCGAACCCCGAGGAAAAAUAGAUGGUUUAGGUUAGAUGAGGUUAGAUGAGGUUAGACGUAUAGCAAAUGCUUACGUUCUCGAAUCCCGAGAGCGGCCGAGCGGGGUCCGGCGCUGUAGACACCGGCGCGUAGUCAUUUCCGGUCCUGAUCUUUGACUCGCUGCUUCAUUCGACGGAGCUUAAGUCUAGCAGUAAAAUAUCGAUAUAUAUAAGAGAGAAGAAAUAAAGAGAUUUUUAUACUUCUGCGUCAAUUUGAUAACAGCCACUCAUAACAAAAACAAAUUAGAGGGCACAAAAGAAAUAAGUGCAAAUAUAACACUAUGGCCAGCGACAAUAAGGGAAAGCCUCCGUACCCGCCUUUCACCGCCGAAACUGCUCAGGUCAAAGUGAAGGCUGCUCAAGAUGCCUGGAACACCAAGGACCCGGCAAAAGUGAAACUGGCCUACACGCCCGACUCUAUCUGGCGAAACCGAGGCACCUUCUUGCAGGGCCGAGACGAAAUCGAGGCCUUCCUCACGAAGAAAUGGGAGCGCGAGCAGGGAUACCGGCUCCGCAAGGAGCUUUUCGCUUUUACGGACAACAAGAUCGCCGUCCAGUUCUGGUAUGAGUGGCACGACGCGCAUGGUCAGUGGUGGCGGACGUACGGGCUCGAGGAUUGGACUUUUGCCGACGAUGGCUUGAUGAGGAAGCGCCAGAUGAGCGGUAACGAUGUCAAGAUUACCCACGAAGAGAGGUGGUAUAAGGAUGGUGUGGAUGUGAAUACAGUUCCCAUCUCCGAGAAGCAUUGGUAACUCGAGAGGACAUAUUGGCCGAGUAGUGGUGUAUAUUCAAAAAGAUGAUGUUGUCGUAUGGCUUGAAGGAUCAAUGGAUCAGGGACUUUGGUGUAAGCAAUAUGCUACCUAUAAGAAUUAGUAUAAUAGCAAAACUAUCACUUGCUAUAAUUGCUAUGUUUGGAGUCUAUACGGGGAUUUCUAAUACUAAUGAAGCCAGGAUAGUUACCAAAGUUAUGGGUGCUCGAGAGAAUUAGCAAAACAUAUAAAGGGAUUAGAUAGGAAGAAUUAAUGAUCCUCUCCUAUCCCUCAUUAAUGGUUAAUCAAUAGCCGUCUGAUAUAGCAACACCAAUAACAAAGCCACGAU